AGUGGUUCGACGUCGACUUCCCCUCCUCGGGGCCCAACCAGGGAGACUUCGAAACCUACCAGCACAUCCGCGCCGCCGGCAAGCAGGUCUGCCGGCAGCCAAAGCAGAUCGAGUGCCGGGCGGAGGACUACCCCGAUGUAGCCAUCCAACACGUGGGACAGGUCGUGCAGUGCGACGUCCACUUUGGACUGGUGUGCAAGAACGGGGACCAGACGGGCAAAUUCAAGAUGUGCCUCAACUACAAGAUCCGCGUGCUCUGCUGCACCCCCAACUACAACUGCUCACUCCCGCUCCCCGUGAUAACAACCAGCCCCACCACCAGCACCAGCACCACGUCGAUCCCGUCCUCCACAACAGUGACCACCUCCACCUCCACGCCCUACAUCUCCACCACCACGAGUCCCACCUCCACAGAAAUCAGCACUUCCACCAGCACCUCCAUCCCCACGCCGAUGACGUCUACGACGACUUCCUUCACCACCCCCUGUGAGCCCGAAGUGUGCACCUGGAGCGAGUGGUUCGACGUCGACUUCCCCUCCUCGGGGCCCAACCAGGGAGACUUCGAAACCUACCAGCACAUCCGCGCCGCCGGCAAGCAGGUCUGCCGGCAGCCAAAGCAGAUCGAGUGCCGGGCGGAGGACUACCCCGAUGUAGCCAUCCAACACGUGGGACAGGUCGUGCAGUGCGACGUCCACUUUGGACUGGUGUGCAAGAACGGGGACCAGACGGGCAAAUUCAAGAUGUGCCUCAACUACAAGAUCCGCGUGCUCUGCUGCACCCCCAACUACAACUGCUCGCUCCCUCUCCCCGUGAUAACAACCAGCCCCACCACCAGCACCAGCACCACGUCGAUCCCGUCCUCCACAACAGUGACCACCUCCACCUCCACGCCCUACAUCUCCACCACCACGAGUCCCACCUCCACAGAAAUCAGCACUUCCACCAGCACCUCCAUCCCCACGCCGAUGACGUCUACGACGACUUCCUUCACCACCCCCUGUGAGCCCGAAGUGUGCACCUGGAGCGAGUGGUUCGACGUCGACUUCCCCUCCUCGGGGCCCAACCAGGGAGACUUCGAAACCUACCAGCACAUCCGCGCCGCCGGCAAGCAGGUCUGCCGGCAGCCAAAGCAGAUCGAGUGCCGGGCGGAGGACUACCCCGAUGUAGCCAUCCAACACGUGGGACAGGUCGUGCAGUGCGACGUCCACUUUGGACUGGUGUGCAAGAACGGGGACCAGACGGGCAAAUUCAAGAUGUGCCUCAACUACAAGAUCCGCGUGCUCUGCUGCACCCCCAACUACAACUGCUCGCUCCCUCUCCCCGUGAUAACAACCAGCCCCACCACCAGCACCAGCACCACGUCGAUCCCGUCCUCCACAACAGUGACCACCUCCACCUCCACGCCCUACAUCUCCACCACCACGAGUCCCACCUCCACAGAAAUCAGCACUUCCACCAGCACCUCCAUCCCCACGCCGAUGACGUCUACGACGACUUCCUUCACCACCCCCUGUGAGCCCGAAGUGUGCACCUGGAGCGAGUGGUUCGACGUCGACUUCCCCUCCUCGGGGCCCAACCAGGGAGACUUCGAAACCUACCAGCACAUCCGCGCCGCCGGCAAGCAGGUCUGCCGGCAGCCAAAGCAGAUCGAGUGCCGGGCGGAGGACUACCCCGAUGUAGCCAUCCAACACGUGGGACAGGUCGUGCAGUGCGACGUCCACUUUGGACUGGUGUGCAAGAACGGGGACCAGACGGGCAAAUUCAAGAUGUGCCUCAACUACAAGAUCCGCGUGCUCUGCUGCACCCCCAACUACAACUGCUCACUCCCGCUCCCCGUGAUAACAACCAGCCCCACCACCAGCACCAGCACCACGUCGAUCCCGUCCUCCACAACAGUGACCACCUCCACCUCCACGCCCUACAUCUCCACCACCACGAGUCCCACCUCCACAGAAAUCAGCACUUCCACCAGCACCUCCAUCCCCACGCCGAUGACGUCUACGACGACUUCCUUCACCACCCCCUGUGAGCCCGAAGUGUGCACCUGGAGCGAGUGGUUCGACGUCGACUUCCCCUCCUCGGGGCCCAACCAGGGAGACUUCGAAACCUACCAGCACAUCCGCGCCGCCGGCAAGCAGGUCUGCCGGCAGCCAAAGCAGAUCGAGUGCCGGGCGGAGGACUACCCCGAUGUAGCCAUCCAACACGUGGGACAGGUCGUGCAGUGCGACGUCCACUUUGGACUGGUGUGCAAGAACGGGGACCAGACGGGCAAAUUCAAGAUGUGCCUCAACUACAAGAUCCGCGUGCUCUGCUGCACCCCCAACUACAACUGCUCACUCCCGCUCCCUGUGAUAACAACCAGCCCCACCACCAGCACCAGCACCACGUCGAUCCCGUCCUCCACAACAGUGACCACCUCCACCUCCACGCCCUACAUCUCCACCACCACGAGUCCCACCUCCACAGAAAUCAGCACUUCCACCAGCACCUCCAUCCCCACGCCGAUGACGUCUACGACGACUUCCUUCACCACCCCCUGUGAGCCCGAAGUGUGCACCUGGAGCGAGUGGUUCGACGUCGACUUCCCCUCCUCGGGGCCCAACCAGGGAGACUUCGAAACCUACCAGCACAUCCGCGCCGCCGGCAAGCAGGUCUGCCGGCAGCCAAAGCAGAUCGAGUGCCGGGCGGAGGACUACCCCGAUGUAGCCAUCCAACACGUGGGACAGGUCGUGCAGUGCGACGUCCACUUUGGACUGGUGUGCAAGAAUGGGGACCAGACGGGCAAAUUCAAGAUGUGCCUCAACUACAAGAUCCGCGUGCUCUGCUGCACCCCCAACUACAACUGCUCACUCCCGCUCCCCGUGAUAACAACCAGCCCCACCACCAGCACCAGCACCACGUCGAUCCCGUCCUCCACAACAGUGACCACCUCCACCUCCACGCCCUACAUCUCCACCACCACGAGUCCCACCUCCACAGAAAUCAGCACUUCCACCAGCACCUCCAUCCCCACGCCGAUGACGUCUACGACGACUUCCUUCACCACCCCCUGUGAGCCCGAAGUGUGCACCUGGAGCGAGUGGUUCGACGUCGACUUCCCCUCCUCGGGGCCCAACCAGGGAGACUUCGAAACCUACCAGCACAUCCGCGCCGCCGGCAAGCAGGUCUGCCGGCAGCCAAAGCAGAUCGAGUGCCGGGCGGAGGACUACCCCGAUGUAGCCAUCCAACACGUGGGACAGGUCGUGCAGUGCGACGUCCACUUUGGACUGGUGUGCAAGAACGGGGACCAGACGGGCAAAUUCAAGAUGUGCCUCAACUACAAGAUCCGCGUGCUCUGCUGCACCCCCAACUACAACUGCUCGCUCCCUCUCCCCGUGAUAACAACCAGCCCCACCACCAGCACCAGCACCACGUCGAUCCCGUCCUCCACAACAGUGACCACCUCCACCUCCACGCCCUACAUCUCCACCACCACGAGUCCCACCUCCACAGAAAUCAGCACUUCCACCAGCACCUCCAUCCCCACGCCGAUGACGUCUACGACGACUUCCUUCACCACCCCCUGUGAGCCCGAAGUGUGCACCUGGAGCGAGUGGUUCGACGUCGACUUCCCCUCCUCGGGGCCCAACCAGGGAGACUUCGAAACCUACCAGCACAUCCGCGCCGCCGGCAAGCAGGUCUGCCGGCAGCCAAAGCAGAUCGAGUGCCGGGCGGAGGACUACCCCGAUGUAGCCAUCCAACACGUGGGACAGGUCGUGCAGUGCGACGUCCACUUUGGACUGGUGUGCAAGAACGGGGACCAGACGGGCAAAUUCAAGAUGUGCCUCAACUACAAGAUCCGCGUGCUCUGCUGCACCCCCAACUACAACUGCUCACUCCCGCUCCCCGUGAUAACAACCAGCCCCACCACCAGCACCAGCACCACGUCGAUCCCGUCCUCCACAACAGUGACCACCUCCACCUCCACGCCCUACAUCUCCACCACCACGAGUCCCACCUCCACAGAAAUCAGCACUUCCACCAGCACCACCAUCCCCACGCCGAUGACGUCUACGACAACUUCCUUCACCACCCCCUGUGAGCCCGAAGUGUGCACCUGGAGCGAGUGGUUCGACGUCGACUUCCCCUCCUCGGGGCCCAACCAGGGAGACUUCGAAACCUACCAGCACAUCCGCGCCGCCGGCAAGCAGGUCUGCCGGCAGCCAAAGCAGAUCGAGUGCCGGGCGGAGGACUACCCCGAUGUAGCCAUCCAACACGUGGGACAGGUCGUGCAGUGCGACGUCCACUUUGGACUGGUGUGCAAGAACGGGGACCAGACGGGCAAAUUCAAGAUGUGCCUCAACUACAAGAUCCGCGUGCUCUGCUGCACCCCCAACUACAACUGCCCAAUCUCCACCCUCUCAACCACCACCAGCUCAUCUACCAUUACUACCCUAAGUGAACCUUUCUUUUCAACAAUUUCUCCUCUCAUUUCAACUACUCCAUGUUUCUGCAAGAUUGGUGAUGCAAUUUUUUCACCUGGUGACUUGAUUUACAACAGAAUUGAUAGUGAAGGAUGUAGAUUCUAUGCCAUCUGUAGCCCAACGUGUAAUAUUGAACGACACACUGUACAUUGUCCUGUCACUACUUUGCCAGCCACCACUUCCUCUGAGUGGUCUACAGUAACUACAACAGUUCCUUUGCCUCCCACCUCUACACGUCCUGCUUUUCAUGGUUGUGUUUCCACUCUUUACCCUCCUCUACAACCUGGAGAAAGAUUCAAAUUGUCCAACUGUACAGAAGUCAUCUGUAAUGGAGACAACAGUAUAGAGGUAGUACCAACGUACUGCCCACCUGUAAAGGAAAUUACCUGUGCAAACAGAUAUCCACCAAUGCUGGUACCUGAUGAAAAUGGAUGCUGCUACCGAUAUGAGUGUCAAUGUGUGUGUAGUGGAUGGGGUGAUCCUCAUUACAUUACUUUUGAUGGAACCUAUUAUACCUUCCUUGAAAACUGCACUUACGUCCUGGUGAAACAGAUUGUCCCUAGAUAUGACAACUUCCGUGUUUACAUUGACAAUUAUUACUGUGAUUCAAAAGAUGGACUCUCCUGCCCUAAAUCUAUUAUUAUUUUCUACAAAUCUGCAGAAGUGGUACUGACUCGUCAACUCAUGAAUGGUGUGAUGACCAAUGUGAUGUACUUCAACAAAAAGAUUGUUGAACCAGGCUUCAAGAAAGAUGGCAUUUCUUUCUCCACUCUUGGCAUCAAUAUGAUUGUUGAAAUAGAAGAAAUUGGUGCAGUCAUCACCUUUAGUGGUCUGAUUUUCUCUGUCAAGCUCCCAUACAGCAAAUUUGGCAACAACACCGAAGGACAAUGUGGAACAUGUACAAACAAUAAAGCAGAUGAAUGCCGCCUACCAAGUGGUAAGAUCAUUUCCUCCUGUCCCCAAAUGGCUCAUCACUGGAUUGUUGACAACAACAAGUCAUGCCAUGGAAUACCAAUACCACCAGCUAUAACCACACCUCCACCAAAGCCGCAAUGUCAAACACCUCCACUCUGCAAACUUAUCUUGAGCGAGGUUUUUGCAGAAUGUCAUACUGUGAUACCCCCAGAACCAUUUUUCAAAGGCUGUGUUUUUGAUGGAUGUCGCAUAGAUGAUGAAUCCAUGCAGUGUUCCAGUUUGGAGAUAUAUGCUACAGAGUGUGCUGCUAGAGGUGUCUGCAUUGACUGGAGAGGAAUGACCAACAACACAUGUCCAUUCAGCUGUCCAUCAAGCAUGGUAUACAAGCCAUGCGGGCCCAUUAAUCCAGUUACCUGUGACCAAAGCUAUCAGCGUCCUGGCUAUGGAGUAACUGAAGGCUGUUUCUGUCCUGAAGGAAUGACACUCCUGCAUGCAGAGAGCAACAUCUGUGUCUCUGAAUGCUUCUGCAGAGAACCAAAUGGAAUGUCCAGACAGCCAGGAGAAAAAUGGACAAAAGAUUGCCGGGAAUGUGUCUGUGACAAAAAUACUCUUGAGGUGAAGUGUACAAAGCACAAAUGUUCUCUGACACAGCAAGUAUUUUGUGAAGAACCAGGUUACAUGCCUGUUGAGAUACCAAUACCUGAAGAUCCAUGCUGUACUAGGACUGAGUGCUACUGCAACACAAGCCUCUGCAGUGACAUCACACCCCAGUGCUUAGAGGGACAGGAAAUAAUCACAAUAAUGCCACCUGGAAACUGCUGUCCUGUCUUUGAAUGCAGACAGGGCUGUGUAGUCAACGAAACCUAUUAUGCACCUGGAGCUGCCAUUCCAUCAGGGCCCUGUGAAGAAUGUACCUGUUCUGCAUCCUCUCCCUCGAGGCCUCACCACCUCGCGGUCACGUGCCAGCCUGUUAUCUGUGACACAUACUGCCCGCUGGGCUAUAAAUACACGGUGGAACCCGGACAGUGCUGUGGCACGUGCAAGGCAGCAGCUUGUGUAGUGACUCUGGGAGACAACAUUACACAUGUGCUCCAUGAAGGAGAACACUGGAAUCCACCUGGUGAUAACUGUACUGUUUACACAUGUGAAAAACAUGCUGACCAGUUCAUUCAAGUCAUCAAAGAGGCAAGCUGUCCUGCCUUUAACCAUGACGAGUGUGAUCCAGAUGAUAUCAGGCUAUCUGAUGAUGGCUGCUGUUUAGUGUGCAGAAGAGUGCCGAAACUCUGUAUGAAGUACAAUAUGACUACUGUCAUCAGCUACAACGGCUGUGUGUCUCCUGCACCUGUUGAGAUAACAUACUGUGAAGGCAGCUGUGAUGCUUACUCACGAUAUUCUCAAACGACAAACACGAUGGUGCACAAGUGCUCGUGUUGUCAGGAAAUGGAGACCAGCAAGAGAGAGGUGACUCUGAUGUGCAGUGAUGGAACCUCCCUUGAUCACUCCUACACCUACGUGGAGAAAUGCAGCUGUGUGGAUGCUGAGUGCUUUACCCUAGGCAACACCCAACAGGAGACACAGCAGACAAAGACCUCUUAGGAGCAAGGAAAUGUCAAAAAUUAGAACUAGAGAGAAGUCCUCAAACAAGGGCUGAGCAUAAGACUAAAUAAAGAAACUUCAAAAAAUACAAAAGUGUCAAGAGCAGCUAAAAUUUUGGAUGAACAGAUUGAUGUUUUCUGCAUAAACCCCCAGUAUGUCUGUCUACAGAAUUUCAGCUUUCAUUAUCAAUGUAUCUCCCUUUGGUUUUUACAUCUUUUCUUUUACACCUUAAGAGGUGUAAGUUCAUCUUGACAUUUUCUGUUCAUUUGUCUUCUGGGAAGUGCUGGACUUUUAAUAACACUUUCAUUCCAAUUCACCGAGAAAAAUCAAAAGACAAAUCCAGAAAACUAACCAAACCUAAGGAAAACUGUACCCCUCUGCUUCUAUAUGUUUAUCUUUUUUUUUUGUUGAGGAAAACUUAGAGGGCAUAAAGCCAAAUCUUUUCAAAACUAUAAACUUCAAUAUUUUGAACUAUAUAUAAUGGACAUAUUUCCCUACAUGUUUUUGUGAGGAAAAGGAAAAUCCUAUUGUGAGAAGCUGCUGCACACUACUUUUUGUUUACAUAACACCAUCAGCAUAGUAGCUGUAUGAAAAUAUGGAUUUUUUAUUUUAUUUUGUUAUGUGGUUAACUGUUUACAGAAGAAAUAUAUAUAUAUAUAUAUGUAUUUGCCAACAGAGGCAUAUGAAGGAUUUUUGUAAACAAAAGUAUAAUAAUAAUAAUAAUAAUUGUAAAUUCUUUCCUAGGAAGCUUUAAAAAGUUGGACCACUACUAUUUAUUACUUUUUUUUUUUUUUGAAAACUGAUUUAUUGGGUAAUUUCUUUCAGAAUUAAUGUUAUCCCAUUUCUUAGUCUCAGUUGUGUUGUCUGGGUAUGGUAUAUUUUCUCUUGUUUUUGAAUAUUAUUUUAUUUUUGUUCCUUAAGACACAAAAAGCAAUUAUGAUUAAUAAAUUUUGAGCAUUUUA